GUGGGGGGGGGCAGGGGCAGGGGCGGGCGCGGGAGCAGCCCCGGGCCGGAGAGAGCCCGGACCAGGCCAUCUCCAACCAUGUCCGACGAGGCGUCGGCCACCAUUUCGUACGAGAAGUUUCUAACCCCCGAGGAACCCUUUCCGCUUCUGGGACCCCCUCGCGGGGUGGGUACCUGUCCGAGCGAGGAGCCGGGCUGUCUGGACAUCAGCGACUUUGGCUGCCAGCUGUCCUCUUGCCAUCGCACGGACCCGCUCCACCGCUUCCACACCAACAGGUGGAACUUAACUUCUUGCGGAACAAGUGUUGCCAGCUCAGAGUGCAGUGAGGAGCUGUUUUCAUCAGUUUCUGUUGGAGAUCAAGAUGAUUGCUAUUCCCUGUUAGAUGAUCAAGACUUUACUUCUUUUGAUUUAUUCCCUGAAGGGAGUGUCUGCAGUGAUGUCUCUUCUUCUAUUAGCACAUACUGGGAUUGGUCAGAUAGCGAGUUUGAAUGGCAGUUACCAGGCAGUGACAUUGCCAGUGGGAGUGAUGUGCUUUCUGAUGUCAUACCUAGUAUUCCAAGUUCACCUUGCCUGCUAACUAAAAAGAAAAACAAACACCAGAAUUUAGAUGAACUUCCUUGGAGUGCAAUGACAAAUGAUGAGCAGGUAGAAUAUAUUGAGUAUCUGAGUCGUAAAGUCAGUACUGAGAUGGGUCUUCGGGAGCAACUUGAUAUUAUUAAAAUAAUUGAUCCUUCUGCUCAAAUCUCUCCUACAGACAGUGAGUUUAUUAUUGAACUUAACUGUCUCACAGAUGAAAAACUGAAGCAGGUCAGAAACUAUAUCAAGGAGCAUAGCCCUCGCCAACGGCCUGCAAGAGAGGCCUGGAAGAGAAGCAACUUUAGUUGUGCAAGCACCAGUGGAGUGAGUGGCGCCAGCGCCAGUGCCAGCAGCAGCAGUGCCAGCAUGGUCAGUUCUGCAAGCAGCAGUGGGUCCAGUGUUGGAAACUCUGCUUCAAACUCCAGUGCCAACAUGAGCCGAGCACACAGUGACAGCAACUUGUCUGCAAGUGCGGCAGAGCGGAUUCGGGAUUCAAAAAAGCGAUCCAAGCAGCGUAAGUUACAACAGAAGGCCUUCCGCAAGAGGCAGCUGAAAGAGCAGAGGCAGGCUCGGAAGGAGAGGCUCAGUGGGCUCUUCCUCAAUGAAGAAGUGCUGUCCCUGAAAGUGACUGAGGAAGACCAUGAAGCAGAUGUAGAUGUUUUGAUGUAAUAAGGGUGAAUUUUUCAGCGUUCUUUAAACACUAAUGUAUUCUCUCCUUAUUUGUUUACAUGCAUCUUGACCAAACUUUUGGUUAGGGCUGUGCUGAUACAUAAUUAAUAAUUUAGGCCAGUGGUUCUCUGCAGGUGGUCCCCAGAUGAGCAGCUUCAGCAUCACCUGAGAACUUGUUAAAAAUGUAUACUAUUAGCCCCAACCCAGAGUAGUGAAUCAGAAAUCCUAGCAGAAGGGCCCAACAUUGUGUUUUAACAAGCACCAGGUUAUUUUGCUAUACAGUCUAGUUUUAAGAACCACUGAUUAAGUAAAUGUAUUGGCUAUUUAAACUUUAUAGAGUUAUUAAGUGGGCUUUUUUCAAAGACUAGUACUUUUACAGUUUAAAAGAUUUCAAGGUACUGCUGACAAGUAGUUAUGUCAGUACACAUACACGUGUAGAGGUCAUAGUUAAAUUUCCUUCUUUAUGUUAAAAUUUCUUGAUUUACUUUUUCUAAAUUCUCAAUUCCUAAUGAAAAUCUUACUUUAACGCUGUGGGAGUGGGGUGUGGGUUCCUGUUUACAAUAGUGCCUUCGUUAGAUUUAGUUGUCAGUUUUCAUUCAUUAUUAACUAAAAGGUUAUGAAAAUGGGCCCUAAUAUCUUUGCUUACAUCUUUUUGUUUUUCACUUUACGUAAAUUCGGAAUCUCUUCUGUAAGUGAUAACUACUGAGGAAAUAAUGUUACUAGUAACUGAAUUUUAGACUUGAUGCUAUGGUGAUUAAUACUCAAAUAGAGAAAGCAAUUAAGCAAAAUGACCAAUUCUGCUUUUCUACUGCUUUCUGAAAUUCUAGGCUGUGAAACUGUCUCAGAAGCAGAAACUAUCUCAAGUUCUUUUGAUAUGUCAUUUUACUUCCAGCACAGCUCUAAUUUUUAAAUAUUGAUGUAAUAGCUUCUGGCAUGUGAACAGGCUAAUCUUCAAAAUUAAAGAAAACUUACAGUUCUAAGCUUUUUUAUAAAUCUCAGUAAAUAGAGCAGUGAGAUAUAGAAAAAGAACUUAACUUAUUGGCUAUUAAUAGAACUAUAAUUUUAAAUGUGAAAUCAUGGAGUUCCUUUAAAUGUUUUCAUGGAGAAUUUGUUGUGAACAUUAGAAGUAGUGUGAUUCCUUCUAACACACAUCUUUAAACAGUCACAUGGGUUAAAGAUGGGAACUGAUACUACUGACAAUCAAGCUGUUUUCUGACUGAUAAUUUUUAUUGUGUAGUUUUUGGGAGGUUAUCAAUUCUGUAGGAGGAGUUGUUUUUUUAAUCUUUAGGGUCAGAGGUUGUUAGGAUUUCUACUUCUUUUUUUACUUUUGAUAUCAAUUCAUUAAGAAUAAUGACUUAUUAAUUAUCAGUUGAUAAAAAGGCUUACACUUUUCUUGUAAUGAUAGGUUUUGAAAAUUUGAUUUCAUUUUGGUUCCUUGAAGGUUAAAGAAUUGAAACCAAGGAUAAAAAUUGACAUAUUGAAGCUUUGCUGAUACCUGUGGUAUGGUUGUAACAUUUUGAAGACUACUGAAUUCAUACUUAAAAAUUUUACUAAAAUAAAAGUAUGUAUGUGUUACCAGUUGGAGUGGUCCUUCUGAAUUUCCUCUUACCCCCUCUUUGGUGCUCCUAAGCAGCGUAGAGGGCCCAAAGAGACAUUGGGGGUAUACCCCAGAAUACUCUGAGGAAGGUGGGAAGGGUCAGCCUCACUGUGUUUUCCCUUCCAAGUACAGGAAGAGUAAAUGGAGAGAGGAGCAAAAACAGCUGGAUUUUUUGUCUGCUCAUAGCACAAGCAAAAUUCCUGAUCAUCUGUUCUUUUUACUUAUACUUCUAGGGAAAUAGGCCACUUUUGGAGACCAUAGAAUAGCAUUUAUCAGUUAAGUACUUGGAGACAAUUUACUUAACCAUGACCAGUAAAACAAAAUCCUAAUCAGGGUCACGAUGUAAUAAGACCAGUUCCUCUACUCUCCCAAUAAUCACAUAGUCUUAUUACCUUAAAUUUAAUUUAAGUCACUAUUAGAUAGGUUUCGUGCCACAAAGCCAAUUUAAAAAGUUUAUAAAGGUUUGAGUGUUUAUAGUAAAGUGGGCCAUGGUAUCUUGUGUAAGCUUUGUCUUUGUGUGCUAUAAAUUAGAGAUUGCCUAUAAAGUUGGCUUAGAAGAGAUAGAAAAUACUUCCUCCGAUUAAAAGAAAAAAUUAAAACAACUUGGGUUUGCUUGUGAUUGAAGAGGGGGAUUACAAAGUCUUUCCCUACCGCCCGAGCCAAAAAAACGCAGCAAAAAAAGAAAGUUCUCUUGUCUUUCCUAAUGUGCUGUACUUUUUCCUGUUAAUUCCUCAUGUAGAUAAAUCAAUUUUGAAUUAUUUCUUUUCUUAGAAUAAGUAACGGUUUAUUGAAUCUGGUUAUAUCUCUGAGUUCAAUUUAGAACAUCCAACUCAAUAUAUAUUUUUUUAUUUUGGUAUCAUCAAUGUACAAUUACAUGAGCAAUGUUAUGGUUACUCACGUCCCCACCACAUACCCCAUUACAGUCACUGUCCAUCAGCGUAGUAAGAUGCUAUAGAUCACUACCUGUCUUCUCUGUGUUGUACUGCCUUCCCCGUGCCCCCACCCCUACAUUAUGUGUGCUAAUCGUAAUGCCCCUUUUUCCCCCUUAUCCCUCCCUUCCCACCCAUCCUCCCCAGUCCCUUUCCCUUUGGUAACUGUUAGUCCAUUCUUGGGUUCUGUGAGUCUGCUGCUGUUUUGUUCCUUCAAUUUUUUCUUUGUUCUUAUACCCCACAGAUGAGUGGAAUCAUUUGGUACUUGUCUUUCUCUGCCUGGCUUAUUUCAUUGAACAUAAUACUCUCUAGCUCCAUCCAUGUUGUUGCAAAUGGUAGGAUUUGUUUUCUUAUGGCUGAAUAAUAUUCCAUUGUGUAUAUGUACCACCUCUUCUUUAUCCAUUCAUCUACUGAUGGACACUUAGGUUCCUUCCAUUUCUUGACUAUUGGAAAUAGUGCUGUGAGAAACAUGGGGGUGCAUCUGUCUUUUUCAAACUGGGCUGCUGCACUCUUAGGGUAAAUUCCUAGGAGUGGAAUUCCUGGGUCAAAUGGUAUUUCUAUUUUGAGUUUUUUGAGGAACCUCCAUACUGCUUUCCACAAUGGUUGAACUAAUUUACAUUCCCACCAGCAGUAUAGGAGGGUUCCCCUUUUUCCACAUCCUGGCCAACAUUUGUCAUUUGUCUUUUGGAUGUUGGCCAUCCUAACAGGUGUGAGGUGAUACCUCAUUGUGGUUUAAAUUUGCAUUUCUCUGAUGAUUAGCAAUGUGGAGCAUCUUUUCAUGUGCCUGUUGGCCAUCUGAAUUUCUUCUUUGGAGAAGUGUCUGUUCAGAUCCUCUGACCAUUUUAUAAUUGGAUUAUUUGCUUUUUGUUUGUUGAGGUGCGUGAACUCUUUAUAUAUUUUGGAUGUCAACCCUUUAUUGGAUAUGUCAUUUAUUAAUAUAUUCUCCCAUACUGUAGGAUAUCUUUUUGUUCUGUUGAUGGUGUCCUUGGCUGUACAGAAGCUUUUUAGCUUGAUAUAGUCCCACUUGUUCAUUUUUGCUUUUGUUUCCCUUGCCCAGGGAGAUAUGUUCAUGAACAAGUUGCUCAUGUUUAUAUUCAAGAGAGUUUUGCCUAUGUUUUCUUCUAAGAGUUUUAUGGUUUCAUGACUUACAUUCAAGUCUUUGAUCCAUUUCGAGUUUACUUUUGUGUAUGGAGUUAGACAGUAAUCCAGUUUCAUUCUCUUACAUGUAGCUGUCCAGUUUUGCCAACACCAGCUGUUGAAGAGGCUGUCAUUUCCCCAUUGUAUAUCCAUGGCUCCUUUAUCAUAUAUUAAUUGACCAUAUAUGCUUGGAUUAAUAUCUGGACUCUCUAUUCUGUUCCACUGGUCUAUGAGUCUGUUCUUGUGCCAGUACCAACCUGUCUUGAUUACUGUGGCUUUGUAGUAAGCUUGAUGUUGGGAAGCGAGAUCCCCUCUGCUUUAUUCUUCCUUCUCAGGAUUGCUUUGGCUAUUUGGGGACUUUUGUGGUUCCAUAUGAAUUUUUGAACUAUUUGUUCCAGUUCCUUGAAGAAUGCUGUUGGUAUUUUGAUAGGGAUUGCAUUGCAUCUGUGGAUUGCUUUAGACUCAAUAUUUUUAAAAAUAAACCCUAAUUAAUGAACUUACGAGACUUGUUUGCUCCUGUGUCAGUUCUCAUCUGUAGAACAUUGACACUGGAGCAAAUUAGUUCUCUGCCUUUAAAGAUAAGUCUUUUUAACUGAGGGCAUGAUAAAGUUCCCUCAGAUUUAUCCAGAAACAUUAUCUUAGAGAUUAUCUUAUAUGAAUGUCAAUUACAUUACAAUCAAACUAAAAAAAGAGAUCUUGUAGUAGUCUGUCAGUUCCCACCAUAGCUUUUUUUAAAGUAUGAACCUUGAGUUAAACAAAGCGGUAUGACUUUUUCUACAGUUUUGCAACUGUAUGAAAGGGAGGCAAUGUACUAUAAUGUGUAGUGCAGUACAAAAGGCUAGUUCAUUCCGUCCCGACAAGAACUUGGAGUAAAAUAACAGUUUUUUUUCAAGACCGGUCUCAUUUUUUGGUUAGGCUGUGACAGUUUUGUCCAUUUCCUCAGACCUUGGGGUUAACUAGAUAUUGCUAAAUUAAUCCCAGAAACUGACUUGUGAUUUAAUGCCUCUAUGGAUUGGGUGGACAUCUCAUUUUAUUUAGUUCUUGAAAGUGCUAAAUCCUUUCAUAAAGGAAGAAUUCUAAGGAAUCUGUUUAAAGUUAACCAGAUUCUAAUAAGCUUUAAAAAUUGUGAAAUUUAUCAUCAGAUUUCUUCAUAUUUAAGCCAAAAAUGUUAGUAUGUGACAAAUACCGAAGUCUUGUUUCCAGAUUCUCUAGCAGAGAUUUUUGUUCAUGGCUUACUCUGUAUGGCAUCCUGUGCUUUAAAGGGUAAACUCUAUACCUUUUGUUAAUAUUGGGCUUUUCCAAACUCAGAAAUAAUCUAAAUGCUGUAAUUCGUUUUAUAAAAUGCCCAUGUUUUUGGAUAUCAGUAAGCAAAGCCUUUAAAUUGAACCAAUCAGUGUGUAAUAGCCUGUACAGCAAAGCAAAAACCUUCAGACUUUAAAUUUCAUAAAUAACUUUAUUUUUGGCUCAGCUACGUCAUUGAAGAACACUGAAAGUAAUCUAAAGUAUAGCUUAAUGUAGUCUCUUAUUUUCCACCCCUGGAAAGGUCAUAAGCUAAAAUACCUUUUAAAUCAGCUAACUGAGUAUCCAGAAAGAUAAUUUUCAAGGCAAAAGUACCUCAAGAACAGAGAUUAGAUAACAAAUUGAUUUUCUUGUUUGUUAAAUUUAGGGAUUCUUUGUAUUCAUUUGUGUAGUAGCUGGAACACUCUGCUCCCCUUCAAUAGAUUACCUUUUAGCAUUUCUAUCUUUAAGAAAAAUGUUUGCUUGGAAUUGAGAGGGGGUUACUUGAAGUCAGUUUAUAGUUUGAGACAGUUGAUAGGAAAAUACCCAGUUGCAUUCAAAUAGUAGUAGUGAUGUUGAGCACACUGACAUUCAACAUGUCUAAAUGUAGUGGUAAAUUUAAUCCUUAGAAGGACUACUAGUUAGAAAAUAAGUAUUUGUAUACAGAUGUACUGUGCUAACUUUGGAUUCAUUUUAAGUCUGACAAAGUAAGAUAAAUUUUAUCUUUACAAUGAAAUUAUGCUAAGUGCAUAUGAGAAGCAUCUGAGAUAUUUAGACCCAGGCAUUUCAGCAUAGUAUGUGAAACAUAGCUCCUUAGAGUGCUUAAUUCUUACUUCUUUGGAAAAUAAUUUACUUAUUCCAAAAGGCUUAGAAGGAACUCUGAAAAUUACUCUAAUUAACUGGCUAGUAAGAGUAAGGAAGUUGCAUGAUAUAGCUGAAGAUCUGAGUUAACUCACUAAAAUUUUAUUUUCGUAUUUUUUCUAAUAUUAAGAUUAUUUGUUUUCAGCCUCCUUCAUAGUUAUGUUUCAAAUUAAGGUUAUUAAUGUUUUAACCUAGAUCACAUGAUGAUAAAUUAAUUUUUAAUUUGGCAUUCAUACCAAACUCAUAAAAACUGGUUUGGUCCUCUUUGAUUUCAAUAUAGAGUACUUUUUCUUUAUUGUUAGUUUGUUACUUCUUUGUGGUCGAUGGAACCUGUAGCAAUCUGGGUUUUUUUUUAUGGUGAAAUAUGAGGUUCAUAGAAAAGAGAAUUGUUCUAAUUAUAUAUAUAUGAAUUUUGACUAUAUUAAUGUAGUUGUAGAACUAACAUGUAUAAAUGACAAGUUAAUACUUACUAUUCUGAAUUGUUCUAAGGAACAGUGGCCUGAAGUCAUGGCUUAUUUUGUGAGCUGCUUGCUCUUUAAUAGUAGCUGAACAAUUGGAUUUAAGUUCAAACUUUGGGGUUAGGUUAUCCAGCUGAGGGUUUUAAGAAUGGAGCAAACCAUGUCUGUUCCUUUAGUGAAUCAAUUUAAUUUUCUCUUUGAAUACUCUAAUUUAGAUAAUAGGUUUUAUCAAUUCUAAAUAUUUGUGUUGGGAGUUUAAUAGGACUGGUGUCAACAAGCUAUUAAAGGUAAACAAGUAUAUGUAAAACAUUUCACAGAUGGUUAAACAUUUCAGGGGUUUUAUGUUUUAGUUUCAAAAGUUAGUUAUGUAGCAUCAAUACUAUAAACCAAAGCAAGUAGGAAAUUGACUGAUUUGGAGAAUCUUCAAGUAGUCUUAAAUACUGUAAUGUACCAGAUUGUUAACCAGGAAUUUUUUCCUGUAUCUGCUAAAUGUAUUACUAUAUUAAUGCACUUUUGUAUAUAUAACUGUCUUCUGUACAUUCUGUACUUACUACAAUGUAUAUUAAAAGCUGUUUUUCCUGAAGCUGUGAGAGAAAAACAAUAGCUGUAACACAGGUCAUUUCUAUUUUGAGUUCCUUCUUGUACUUGAAAGUAAUAAUUCAGUAGUUAAAUCUAAAUAUGUACGUAUUGUUGCAAUUAAAGCUGGCAGUGUGGCAGAGCUGUCUUUUGAAACUGAUAGCAGAAUGAAAAGUGUUAUUUUGGUUAUUAAGGUCUCUUGUAAUAUUUUAUUUCUUUUGAUGUACCAUGAAUUUUUACAAACCCCACUGCUGUUCACUACUUUAUACUUCUGAAUCCACUUCUUUUCAUGUUCCAUCCCAUAACAUUUAACAACAGAGAAGAAUUAGCUCUUUUCUUUUGCUCAGAGUUUGGUUAAGAUUCCAUAAACUUCUGUUUUGUGAAAGCUCCAAUUUCCCAGAUGUCAUUGGCAAAUGAUUUUUUCCUGUAGAGAUCAGAUUUCUAGAGAAAUGAGCAUUCAUACUGGAAAUUGGGCCUAACUUUUAUUUACAAAAAAAUCAGAUUUAUUUUCCACAUAUAUUGAUCCAGAGUCUUUUUAAAGUUAUAAUUACAUGAAAGAAGUGUGUGUGAGCAGUUUUAUGUAUAGAUACAGAAGCAAUUAAGGUUUUCAGUAGCAGCUUUAUCACUUGCCACUAGAGGGAUGUCAGUGGUUGCUCUCUCCUUUGAAAAAUGUCUUAGCUGCUUUCCUAUUUUUAAUUUCAGAGGUGGGAAUUGACCUCAUUCUCAAAAUUCCUUUUGUGAUAUUAAAUACUUUGAUUUAUUAGUCAAAGGUAAGUUAAUUGAGCUUCUUUAAUAAAGCAAGUCUUAUUCAUGCUUUUCUGUAAUCUUCAAUUUUUAAUAAAUGUGAGUUAGAUAUUCAGUCAAA